AUGUUUGUGCAGUGGUUUCUUCCUCUGUGUCAGUCGAGCGUGGACAUGAGCCUCGUGGUGUCGGAGUGCACGGUGGUGGACCGGAUGUCGCCCGCGCUCCUCGGCCGGCCCAAGUACUGGUCGCGCGGCGUGCUGGUGGAGGAGAGCUGCCGCAUCUACUCCGCGCCCUACAGCGCGCCGCACGCGCUGUGCGUUGACGUGGCGCGCGGCACCGUGGAGGAGGUGGAGCCCUGCGGGCGGGGGCUCAGGAGGUACGUGGCUGGAGGCGUGCGGUCGCCAGAGACGGGGAUGGUGUACUUCGCCCCAUACGACGCGGAGCGAGUGAUGUGCGUGGACCCGCGAGCUGGCACCGCCAGCGAGAUCGGCCCGGUGCUGCAGGGCUUUGAGAAGUACUGCGCCGAUGGGAUCCUCGCGUGUAACGGGAGCAUAUACUUCGCUCCGUGCAGCGCCGACAGGGUGCUGCGGGUGAGCCCCGCAGAUGGCACGGUCGAGGUUGUCGGCCCAGCGCUGCUUGGCAGAAACAAGUUUCGAGCGAGCGGUGCGCUCUCGCCCGCGAGCGGCUGCAUGUAUUUUGCCCCCUGCGAUGCGGAUCGAGCUCUUGCUGUCAAUCCAGCAUGCGAUGAUGUGAAAGAGAUCGGGCCCGAGCUCCCCGGUGACAGCAAAUAUCAGGCUGGAGGUGCUUAUUUCGAGGGCGCCGUCUUUUUCGCGCCUCACUCACACUUCCGGGUGCUAAGAAUCGACACGAGUACGGAGACGGUGGAUUUGGUUGGUCCCUCAUAUCCUGGAGAGGGCAAGUACGAGGCUGGGGGUGUGCUCGUACCUUCCACUGGCCGCAUCUAUUUCGCUCCGUGCAACACGGACCGCGUUUUACGCAUCGAUGCAACGACCAGCGCCGUGGCAGAGAUUGGGCCCAUAGUCGGCGGCGGCAGUUUCCAGUACACUGCGAGAGGCGUGCUGGCGCCGUCCAGCGGCAAAAUAUUUUUUCCUCCAUGCAACGCCCGGGCCAUGCUUUGUGUCAGUUCCGAGGAUGAUUCUGUUGAAGAGGUCGGCCCAGUGCUCGGAGGCUACGACAAAUAUCGGGCGGGAGGCGUGCUGGUGCCACGUCUGAGAACCAUCUGCUUUGCGCCACACGCAGCACAUCGCGUGCUCAGGGUUCGCUUUUGA